AUGACCGCCCAUCUUUUCAUGCAGCUAGCUUCUUUUAGCGGCUUUACGGUCUUUGAGCUGGUAUAUACCCCAAAGUUCAAAACCAAGGUCUUAGUCUCUUGCAACCUGAACCUAGCAACCCGUAUACAGUGCAUGAAAAUCUCCGAUCUAUGUAUAGGGGGCUACAUUGAAGAGGAAUGUGUAGUAGAUAGGCUCUGCACUAUUCAAGGGGGCACAGCAGAAAGUUGCAGGAACCUGGCUCGGACUGCUCAAUGGCCCUUGCAUCUCCCCACAGACGACAGCCCACACCCCCUUCCCACGUUGGCCACGCGGCGGAUGGUCUGCGGUGUGACCCCUGGCCAGGCCAUGCAUAGAGGCCCCUCAAAAGAGCUGAUGAGGUGGGAAACGGCAGUCAUAUACGGUUACUAUGGACUGAAGUUGCUUUCUCUUCCUGUGUCAAACCCGCCCACCAUACCAUUCAAGCAAGCGGAAGUCUCAGACGGCUUCAUCGUCACGACGUUUGUCUCCUCCGAGAAAGACAAUUCUGUUGUCGGUGUUCGCGGUCUGAAGGGCAAUGCAACAGAGACAACUUUAGUCAAUAUCCUGGUUAUCGUCGCCUCCUGCCUGGGUGGGUUUACCUACGGAUUUGCAGCCAACACCCUGUCCGGCACCCUCUCGCAGACGACCUUCAUCGCUAAGUUCCUGAACACGCCGAACUCGACCUGUUCCAGGAUGGUCUUCUUUCUCGGUACAACCGCCUCUUUCAGAAUUCUUCAGGUGUCAUUUUCUUGGCGACGACUGGUCUUUAUUGUCUUGACAGGUAUCGGUGUCCUGCAUCUCGUCUCGCUCUUCUUCAUUCCCGAGUCGCCCCGCUGGCUCACCGAGAAAGGACGAGAAGACGAGACGAAGGUUGUUCUGGAAUACCUGCACCACGAAGAACGAUACCCGUGCUACUUUUGCCUAUGCGGACGCGCAGCAGAUCAAAGCGCAAGAUCUGAGCGGAAUACACCUCGCGGGUACAUGCAUAUUAUUCGGACCCCCAGCUACCGCAAGCGUGCCCUCUGCUCUAUUCGGCUGUGGGUGAUGAGCCAGAGAACGGGAAUCACGGCAGUUGCGAACUCCAUCCCCACGCUUAUGGGCACCCUGGGAUCUGGCACAACCAUGCAGCUUGGCCUUGGUGUCGUCUGGACCGUCUGCGCGGUUAUCGGGUGCGUACAGGAUAACCGUGAGCUGACUCACACCUACCACCCGGGUGUCAAUGCCGCGGUGGCCUUUUACUUCAUCUUCGGGGCCUACUUUACCUCCACAAUCGAAUGCACGGCAUACGUGUACGGCUCCGAGAUCUGCCCCACCCAUAUGCGCAGUGAAGGCUCGACUAUCGCUUUCGCCAGUUUCUUUGGCAAUGAAACCAUGGGCCUGAGUCUAGAGGAAAUCAACUCCAAGUUCGGUGACAAGGUCGAACUCAAGCUGAAGGAUGCGCUGGACGCCCAGGGCAACCUCAAGCUUGAGUGCCAACUCUGCCAAUGCUUAGCUGUGCCGUCGUCUGACAGCGAUGGACACGAAAUUUCCAAUUGGGGUAAUCUGCUGUCGGGAUGA